AUGGGGUCUUACUCACCGCGAUGCUUUGUGGAUGACGGCCCAUCUGGCCUUGUGCAGUACGUAGAUAGUUCUUUCCGUGGGACUGGCCAAAACGGUCUCUUGCAGUCUUCAUACAGCUCUGCUAAAGGCAAGUUGCUGUACAAAGUGCAGAUUGAGCACGACAAGGAAACGACCCAAGGCUUCCAGCGUGACUAUCGCCAACUUGCCUUUUAA